AUGUCCGAAGAAUUUCCAACUCCUCAAUUAAUAGAUGAUUUAGAUAUCCAACCGGUAAAGGAUAAUACUAGAGUUUUUAAGGACUUAUUAGCUGGUACUGCUGGUGGGGUCGCCCAAGUUCUAGUGGGUCAGCCGUUUGAUACUACAAAGGUUCGUUUGCAAACUGCUACUACUAGAACAUCAGCUGUAGAGGUAGUAAAAAGUUUAUUAAAGAAUGAAGGUCCAAGGGGGUUUUACAAGGGUACUUUGACUCCAUUGGUUGGUGUAGGUGCAUGUGUUUCUAUCCAGUUUGGUGUCAAUGAAGCUAUGAAAAGAUUCUUUCAUAGCAUGAAUAAGAAUCCAAACAAUUCAACCUUAUCGUUACCUCAAUACUAUAUGUGUGGUGUAGCUGGUGGUUUUAGUAAUUCUUUUUUGGCAGCACCAAUUGAACAUGUCAGAAUUAGAUUACAGACUCAGACCUCAUCAGGCCCUAAUGCAGAAUUUAAAGGGCCAUUAGAUUGUAUACGAAAGCUAAGAGCACAAAAUGGUUUAAUGAGAGGUUUCAAUGCUACUUUAUUGAGGGAAGGACAUGGUUGUGGUACAUAUUUCUUGGUUUACGAAGCAUUAGUAGCUAAUGAGAUUAACAAAGGUUUCAAAAGAACAGAAGUUCCAACUUGGAAACUUUGUAUGUUCGGUGCCUUGUCAGGUACAACAUUAUGGAUUAUGGUAUAUCCGUUAGAUGUGAUAAAAUCUGUUAUGCAAACAGAUAAUUUAAAACAACCAAAAUACGGUAAGUCAGUUAUCUCAGUGGGUAAACAAUUAUAUGCUAAACAUGGUAUGUCCGCCUUCUUAAAAGGGUUCGGGCCUACAAUUAUAAGAGCUGCCCCAGCUAAUGGUGCUACAUUUGCUACGUUUGAGAUAAUGAUGAGAAUGCUAGGAUAA